UCACAUGACUGAAGCGUGCGCGUUCAUUGGCCAGCUUCCGUUCCGUGUUUACUUCCGGAACUAAAUUGUUGUCAGUGUCAGACUUUCCAUAAGGACUAUUAAACCUCACAUCUUCAGCACCGGAACGACAGGUGUGUCCUCGUCCUCAGGAUGGCUCACUGGUUUCACAGAAACCCGCUGAAGGCAACAGCGCCCGUGUCCUUUAACUACUACGGAGUGGCAGGCAGCCCCGCUGCCAACAAGAUAUGCAAUGACCUGAGGACGAACCGGGCCAGACUGCUGGAGAUGUUCACGGAUGUCACCUGCAACCCUGAGAUCAUGAAGAAUGCAACAGACGCAUACUUCUCCCUCCUCCAAGGCUUCAUUUCAUCCUUGGAUGGAACCACUCAGGAGAACAAGAUGAGGUUCAUCCAGAACUUCAAGUGGACCGACACUUUACAAGGAAACACGCCGAGUGCCCAGCAGGAUGCCAUCUUUGAACUGGUCUCCAUGGCCUUCAACGUAGCCCUCUGGUACACCAAGUUCGCCUCGAGACAAGCAGGGAAAGAAAACGUGACGGAGGCUGAGGCGAAAGAUGUUCACCGGAGCCUGAAGGUUGCUGCUGGAACCUUCAAAACCCUCAAGGACGUCCACGUCCCUCGUCUCAUCACUCCGGCGGAAAAGGGCCGAGACCUGGAGCCCCGCGUGAUCGACGCGUACAUCAUCCAGUGCCAGGCAGAGGCGCAGGAAGUGACGAUUGCCAGAGCGAUCGAGCUGAAGCACAACGCCACGCUCAUCGCAGCGUUGGCCUUCGAGACUGCAAACUUCUAUCAAAAAGCAGACCACACGUUGAACACCCUGGAGCCGGAGUGCAGCGGCAAAUGGAGGAAGUACUUCCAGCUGAAGCAGCUCUUCUACAUGGCUUACGCCUACUGCUACCACGGACAGACGCUGCUGGCCAGUGACAAGUGCGGUGAGGCCAUCCGAUCCCUGCAGGAGGCGCAAAGGUGCUACUCGCACGCCGAGGCGCUGUGUAAAGAGUACCGUCAGACCAAAGGGCCCGGCACCACGGCCAAGCCCUCCGAGCAGCUGUUCUUCCUCAAGCUGGGCGGCCUCAUUAAGAACACGCUGGAGAAGUGCCAGAGGGAGAACGGCUUCAUAUACUUCCAUAAGGUCCCGGUGGAGCCGCCCCAGCUCGAGCUGAAGGCCAGUUACGGCUUGGCUGAGCCAAUCCCCUUCGAGCUGCCGCCCCUCAGCCAGCAGUGCACUUCUGAAGUCUACGCCACCUUUGACCUGACCAAGGGGGCCAAAAAUGACAAGGCCAAGCCCAAGGAGGAGGAGGUGAAACCAGUGAAGGAGCCGGAUCUGAAGCCUCAGAAGGACACCGGCUGUGUCCUCUCCUAAACGCCUCACCCCUUCCACCCCCACGCUUCACUUCCAUCGAUCGUAAUGUACAUAUUAUUUUUCAUCUGUGGUGUUUUGCUCUCCUGCAUUCGGCUGUGACCGCUGCUCCUCACGUCAGGGCCAAAAAAACACGUUUAGGAGAAGAUUGGAAUCUGUAUUAGAAGUUCAAGUGAAGGUCUUCACACGAGGUCAUUUUAAAGGGCCUCUUGCUUUUCAGCGCUGUGGCAGCGGCCUGCUGUAUACCAGUAUAUAAACCCACUGCAGCGGAUAUGAUGAUCUGCUGACAUUAAAACACACUCCUGAUAAUCAACAGGGUUAAAGGUAAAGAAGUCGUGGGCAGAACAAGUCAUUUGGUUUGUUUUAGCGGUUUACAAUCAGUACUUUAAUCACAUCACACGUGUACCUUAGUUCUGUUACACGUAACAUAGCUGCUGUUUCUCUUUUUUACUUCUACUCAUACAGGAAAUCUUUUAUUACUGGAUGAAUCAAUCAUGCUGUGAUAUUCAUCCCUAAUUAAUAGUGGUUUAAUUUAUCUCUAUUGUAAUGUACUACUUGAGCUGAAUAUACGACAUGUACUUUGUGUGGCUCGUGUUGAGUUGGUGCGGUGCACGUAGUGCUCCUCUACACGCGUGUUCCUUGGCCCUAAACACGCAUCUAUCCAUUAUCUGGCAAACUCUGUAAACUAUAUUAGCUCCUGAAAUCCGCUGCUGGAUCCCAUCGUAGAGGCGGAUGUGCAGACGGGUCAGUGGAUCGGGUGAAAAGGCUUAUGACCAUUAUUCUUUAUGCCUGGAACAGCAGCACUGACCGUAGUUCCUUUCAAGGCCAACUGUGUAUUUAAAGCGUGUGUGAGAUCACGUGACCUGUAGCACAUCCAUCCUCCUCCAGCAGCGUCCGUCAUGUCAAAUCAUCAUACUAGUCCAUUUACUGACAAUCUGUCAUUCAUUUAUUGCUUAGUGCCGGGCAAUGGUUUUAUUUCAAUGGAUAUUAAUCAUGUGAUUUUCUUUUUUUUUGUUAUUCGAAGAAAAUAGACAAUAAAUAGAUAUAAUAAUAACAACGAGGAGGACAAAACUGCAAGAUGCAAGCCGGCAAACAUCCUAUAAUCAUGUGUUUUCUGAUCAAAUAUAAAAGUAUUCCCAUAUAAACAAAAAUGCAAUGUCAUUCUGUUUGCAGACAAUUUAAACACAACAGGUGUUUUAACGGAUAUUUGUUGUAAAUCUCAACUUAAUAUAUGAUUUGAUUGCAUUAAUAUUGAACGUUUUCCCCUCCACGUUCAUAAGAUUGUUCCGUGCUAGUGGAGAUUUCUAAACAUGAACAAGUGUAGCAGAAACAUAUUCGAUCAAUGACAUGCUUCAUCUGUAAUAACAAUAUUAAAGUGUUUGAAUAAGCUUUUCCGUUUAAUUGAAUAAUCAUAUCUAUUUACACCGAGGAACCCGGGGCUGUAAAAGUAGAAUAAAGAAAUCCAGCUUGACUCAGUUUGAUCUUAAUCGGUUGCACGUUUGCUGAUGAGAAGGAGGAGCUUAGUUAAUCCAGGUGUACACAGCUGGAUCAGUGCACGUCCUCGGCUUUCUUAAGUCGACCACGGUGUCCAUCACAGACCUUCUGACGCACCAAUGGAACCUGCUGACUAACGAUGGAAACCUUUAAUAUGAUUGUUUCACGUGUUGGUUUUGUUGCUGUAUCUGUGUGUGUGUGCUGGUGUUACUGUAAAGUGUCUUUCAGUAGCCUACCAUGUAAAGCACUAUAUGAAUAAACUGUAGUAUUAUUUAGCCUA